AAUGGCCCCGCAGGCCUUGGAGGCAGGAGCCCCCGGGGCACCCAGAGGCAGACAUGCAGACCCUGAGGCAGGAGGCUGCCCGGCCCUACGUCCCCCGGGGGACCCUGGAAGUGAACCUCCCGGCAUCUCUCUACAGCAAUGACUACCUGUCCCAGGAGGGGCCCCGCCAGACACCGGCCAUCAAGCAGGAGAUGCGCUGGAAGUACACACCCAUGGGACGCGACGCGGCCGGCCAGCUGUGGUACACGGGCCUGACCAACUCGGACUCUCGAGAAGCCUGGAACAUGCUCCCUCGGGCUCUGGACAGCCUGCACUUCGAGGCUUAUGCCCGCAGGCACGGAUGCCACAGCCCCCCCCCCCCCCCCCCCCCCCCGGAGCGCAGCAUGCCCAGCAUGCCCUCGGCCUACACCCAGCGUCUCCGGGAGACCGCCUGGUACGACCCCAUCAUCCCUGCGCAGUACAGGGGCCCCCGCGCGCAGUACGGGAGCGUGCUGUAAAGACCCAACCGGGACGAGGAGUACGUGAUCCACAGACACCAAUUCGGGGUCAAGCCGCUGUGGCAGGCGUCUGACUACGGGCCAUACCUGUCGGCGCCCCAGCGCCCGCGCUACACCACCCAGAACUACCGGCAGUGGGACCUGGAACCCUGCUACCCCUCCACCAACCAGCAGCCCCGGCUCGUCUACACGCCCAGUCACUGAUAAAGAUCUCGUGCUGCCCGGUGUGGCUCUUCAGGGACCCGGCGCCUCUCCCCCAAGGCGUCUGUCCACCUCUGGGGCUGGGGCCUGGGGAGGUCAGGCAGCCAGAUGAAGGGAGCUCUGAACCAGGACCCUAGUGACCAAGCUCCAGGGCAGAGUCAGACAGACGACCUCUCCUGCCCUCGGCUCCCCCUACCCCGGGCCCCAGGCCAAGGCACAGUCCUGGCCCCAGGCGGCUCUUUACUCACUGUCAGCAGUGGCCUGGGCGCAGGGAGCCGCACUCGGGGCCCCGGCAUGCUGAGCCUCACCAUCGUCACGGGCAGGGUCUGGGCCCAGCCCCCUAACCCUGAGGCUGGGGCUCCUGGCAGGCUCCGCAAUGGCUCUGUCCUCCAGGGCCUGGUGGCACCCGGUAGUAGCACCCAGGAGACCCUAGGCUGGCCGGGGCUGAGCUCAGGGCAGGCCCAGCGCCCAGGAGCCUCACAUCCGGCCCCCACACAACACAGGGCACCCCGAAUCAUCCAGACAGCUGGGGGUGGGUUAGAGUCGGGACUGGGGUACCCCAGACCCACAAGGACCCCACCAGCCCCUGAAUACCAGAGGGCCUAGCUCGGUGUCCCCGCCCUAGCGGGGAGAAGCUGCUGGUAUCCCGCCCACCCUGACCGCGCCCACCAAGCCCCACCUGACCCCCCCACAGCCAGGCAGGGAUGGGACAGACACAGGAGUGGGAUCAGAGCAGCAAAGGGGCCGCUGCAGGCCUUGUAGGGCAGCGAGCAUUCACAGUCGCGGUUAAUUUACAAAGGGUAAAGGACCAUGGGGCGGUGUCAAGGUUGGGCUCCAGGGUGCCCUGCAAGAGAAGGGGGUGGAAGUGGGGUUAGGGAGGGCGGGGCCUGUCCUGGCCCAGACCUACACACCCAUGGCUGGUUUGGGGCUUUUGUGGGGUGGCGGGGCCUGCAACUCACAGCUCCGAAGGCGGACGGGCCAGACCAGGAGACUGCACAGAGCCAGGGUGGCGGCCACGCCCACGCCACCCGUCACGGCCACCAUCACCCAGUGGUAGAAGGCCACGCAGGCUUUGCAGCAGAGCUCUGAGCUGGGGGCAGGGGAAGGGCAGAAGGGGGGUGAGCAGACGCCUGUCGGUACCUUCCAGCCCCAGCCUGGACCUCCUGCUCCUCCCAUAUCAGCCGGGGCACCCCAUCUUUCCCCGCACUCAGGCCAGGACCAAGUGGUUGCCCUCAACCCCUUCCUCCCCUCCAACAGCUGAUACUUAAGUCAGUAAGGUCAGCUCUGCCUUCCAAGUCUACCCCAGACCGCCCAUUUCUCCUUCCUCAGGAUCCAGCCCCGUCACCACCUGCCCCCCCCCACCAUCCUAGUCCCCUCCCUGUUCCCACCCUCCCUUCCCUGUCUGUCCUCCCCGCAGUAGCCGCCAGAGGGCGCCUGUGAGCACCUGACUCAGGCCCCGCCCCUUCUGCUCACAGCCCUCCAGGGGCCCACCUCCCUUGGGGCAAAAACCCAAGUCCUCGUUGUGGCCCACAAGGCCCUGCACGACCCGUCCCCUCCCUGCCCUCCCCUCCUCCCUCUCUCCACCUCUCUCACUGUGCUCUAGCCACAAGGGCCUCGUUGCUGUCCUUCCACCAUGCCAGGCACAGUCGUGCCCCAGGGCCUUUGCACAAGCAUGCUCCUCCCCAUACGCCUAGAACUCCCUGACAUCCUCCAGGUCUUGGGUCCCACGUCACCUCAAGGCAGCCCUUCCUGACUUCUCGCCUCAGUCAGGCCUCCCCAAGUGGUGUCCUUCACACCCUUUGUACACAUUUAUUCAUGAGAUUAUUCAUGUGGCUCGUGUUGUCCCCAGCUCCAUGAGGACAGAGGACCAGGCCAGCUUUCAUUCCCAAAUCCUGGGCUUCUACAGGGUGCAAACUCAGGUCUAGAACCAUCUGGGGCUGGAACCCUAGGUUCUGAGGGUCUGAAUUGCAGGGAUUCCAGGCUCUCCCUCUGCCCUGUCUGCUCACAUCCCCCCCGAGCCAUGUGUGUGUCCUCAGCACCCGGCCCAGGACAGACUGUCGGCUCAGUAAAUAAAUGGGUGCUCGAGGUGGGGAAUAACCCGGUCUCCCUGGCUGUGAGGCCACCGGGGCGGGGUCUUCUGUUCUCAUGGAAUUAGCAGACCUGGGGCAGCACCUGGGGCACAGCACGGCCUCAGCACAGCUCAUUAAACGCAAGAACAAAUGGAUAGGGGUACUCACGAGCAGGGGUGCAGGCUCUGGAUGGCCAUGACUGCCAGCCCAUUGGCCACCUUGUCCAAGAAGCUCAUGGCGCCAUACACGAAGGCUCCGCUGUGCUGGGGGGGCACGAGCAGGGGGUCAGCAUCCCAGGCCUCGGCCCUGGUCCCCAACACCAACCCGGACUGGCUCAGCGGCCCUACCGUGUGGGGGCCGAUGAGGUCAGCUGUCAUGGCCAGCGAGGUGACGAGGAUGGUGGCACAGCCCAUGCCCAGCAGCACAGCCACCACAUACACAGCCACACCCAGCUCAUCUGCCAGUGCCACCCAGGCUGCGAAGGCCAGGAUCACCAGGAGGCCCACAAAGUAGGUCAUCUGCAGAGAGCCCGGCCCAGCAUCAGGCCCACCUCGCUGGGCAGCCCUGAGCCUGGCACUUGCCCUUUCUGAUCUUCAGUCCGGCCCCCAACCCCAGCAAAGGGGGGGGGGUUUGAGUUGGGUUAUCCCUAAGGAGCCCCCAGCUCUGACCUCAGAGGAUUCUGAGCCUCAGAGGUGCUCCGAGCUCCAUGGAGCAGAUGUUCUAGGGCUAUGCUGUUACAGCUGCCACUAGAGGUGGGCGGCUACUUGGGUCUCAACGCAACCCAAUUAAAAGGAAACAAAAUGAA